GGCGGAAGCAGGUUGCUCCAGGUGGCGGUGCGGCUGCGGUGGUAGCGGGGCAGCGGGGCUCAUAGAGGGCUCGCUGCCAAGGCGCCGGGACACGGAAGGCACGAGAAGUGUAAGGGCCGCCACAGCCGUGGCGCGUGUCAGUCGGGAAAAGGACUCCUUUAUUUUUAAAGGCCAGUCGAUUUGGGUCAGUUUGUUUUUUUUUUUUAAUUUGAGAGAACAAGAGAAAGUGGGGUGUGGGGCCAUUCACAAGGUUUGAUCCUACCACCCUGAGAUUUGACCUGCCUGGAAAUCAAGUCAUAGCUCAACUGACUGAGCCACCCAGGAAGAAAGAAAAAAUGUCUCAGAAGCAGAUGAAGGAAGCUUUUGUCAGUAACCACAAUGGAACCAGCGUGCUGGAAGUCACCCAGGGCUUGUGCUUGCCUGCACUCUGUAUUGUGUGCAGAGGUUUCCUGAUCAUUCUCUCACAGCACUUGUGUUCUUCACAUACCUGGAGAACCAGAUUCUGCAUUGACUUUGUUUUCCUGAUAGUUCCCCUUGUGGCCACUUUGACCAUUUUGUCUUCAUUUGUCCUCCUUGAGCACCUUGCUGUAAUUAUCUGUGGGGCAGGGCUGUUCUAUCAAAUAUACUGCAGGAGAACUUGUGCCAGAAUGCCUGUCCGGAAAAUGCUUGAAAAAUUCUUGAAAAUCAGUCUAGAAUCUGAAUACAUUCCAGCCAUCUCUUGUUUCCGUGUAAUUAACAGUGCAUUUACUGCUAUUGCCAUUUUGGCUGUGGACUUUCCACUUUUCCCCAGAAGAUUUGCCAAAACUGAGCUCUAUGGGACAGGAGCAAUGGAUUUUGGAGUAGGAGGUUUUAUUUUUGGGACUGCAAUGGUUUGUCCAGAAGUUAGGAAAAAAUACACAGAAGAGUCCAGAUUUUAUUAUCUUACAAAGUCAUUGUACUCUGUUUGGCCAUUAGUCUUACUAGGAAUAGGACGAUUAGUCAUUAUAAAAGCCAUAGGCUAUCAGGAACAUGUGACUGAGUAUGGAGUUCAUUGGAACUUUUUCUUUACCUUAAUAGUUGUGAAACUGAUAACGUCAUUGCUUUUGAUUAUUUUUCCUCUAAAUAAAUCCUGGAUCGUGGCAAUGAGCAUUAUUGUAUUAUACCAGCUAGCCCUUGACUUUACCCCAUUGAAAAGUGUAAUUUUGUAUGGCACUGAUGGUAGUGGCACAAGGGUUGGUUUAUUAAAUGCCAACAGAGAAGGAAUAAUUUCUACCUUGGGGUAUGUGGCAAUUCAUAUGGCUGGUGUGCAAACAGGGUCAUAUAUGCUUAAAAAAAGAUCACAUGUCAAAGACUGGAUAAAAGGGGCAUACUGUAUUCUGCUGGCAGCUAUUAGCCUCUUCAUAUCUCUCUACAUAGUUCAGGUAAAUGUAGAAGUAGUAUCUCGGAGAAUGGCCAAUUUAGCCUUUUGUAUUUGGAUAGUUGCUUCUAGCCUGAUCCUUCUUAGUAGUUUAUUACUGGGUGAUAUAAUUUUGAGUUUUGCCAAAUUUCUAAUUAAAGAAGCUGUAGUGCCAUGUUCUUGGAAACUGAUCCAUUCGUCUGUCACAAAUAAAAAGCAUUUAGAAUCUCUAGCCUCUGAAGCUAAAAGAAAGGAACCCAGUCUUUGUUUAAUCACAGCUAUGAAUAGAAACCAGUUAAUUUUUUUCUUGCUGUCAAAUAUAACAACUGGUCUGGUCAACCUGUUGAUAGAUACAUUACACAGCAGUACUUUGUGGGCCUUAUUUGUGCUCAAUGUCUAUAUGUUUACCAACUGUUUAAUUAUAUUUGUGCUACACUUGCAAGAUAAGACGAUAAAAUUUUGGUGACCAGUAUGGGAAGUACCUGUGUUACAGCAAUAUUUUAAAGAGGAAGAAUAUUAAAUGUAAAGAAAAUGGGCUUUUGGCAACCCAGUAUUAACCAUAUUUGUUUCAAUCCUCUAAAAUAGUAAUGAUGCUUAAUGUUUUAAUGUGUCUCAACACUAUAUAAAACCAAUAGAGGAAAAGUCUUGUGACUUGUUAGAGUAUUUAUUAAAUUUCAGUAUUUUAAAGAAACUGCCGUCGUGACACUGAAAGAUUGGAGGGUGGAGAGGGGGAAUUUAACUUUAUCAUACCAUUCUGUAUUUUUUUAUUAUAUGACUUUUAUAAUAACAGUUACAUGAAAAUAUCUGUGAAUUUAUUGUAUGACUUUUGUAAUAAAAUUUACAUGAAAACAUCUCAGUGUGAA